GGUGCUAUGAUCCUGGAUACGUGUAGUAACCCUAGCUAUGCAUUAGAACAGUCCAUGGAGUUUGUAAGAGCCUUCAUGUCUAGUACCAAAAAAUCGGAAGAAAAGGUUUCCAAAGAGUGUUCAGAAUUUGAAGGUCGACCAACCCAACCUGUUGCGGGGGUCAUAGGGGGAGCUUUAAGCGGAGUGUCUAUAAUGGUGGCGAAUAUUCUUAAACUUUUUCGGAUACCUCAAAUCAGUUACGCCUCUACAUCUUUAGAGCUUUCUGAUAAAUCUAGAUUUGAGUACUUUUCCCGGGUAGUUCCUCCGGAUAAUUUUCAGGCGCAAGCAAUGGUUGAGAUUGUGAAGCAAUUAGGGUGGACAUAUGUCAGCACUGUUGCAGCACAGGGGGAAUAUGGAGAAAAGGGAAUUGCCUCGUUUAUCCAAAUAGCAACAAAAUCUGGAAUAUGUAUCGCUACAUCAGCAAAGAUCAGCAGACAUGCAGGGAUACAAGAGUUUGAUGGGAUAGUUGAUGCACUGUUAGAAGAUUACAGAGCUAAGGCGGUAGUUCUCUUUGUGGAUGAAGAUAAAACAAGAAAGUUGUUGAGUGCUACAACAAGGAAGGGUGUAGCUGGAAAAUUCUACUGGAUUGGAUCAGAUUCAUGGGGCGCCAAGAUAUUUCCAGUUCGAGAUCAAGAAUGGGCGGCUGAAGGAGCCAUAACGAUCCUUCCCAAGAGAUCUGAAAUAUCAGGGUUUGACAGAUAUUUCAAAAACCUUGUACCGUCUCAACAUGCAGAAUGCACACCGCAGGAGGAAGCGGACAAAAAGGUUAACUGCAGAAAUCCUUAUUUUCGUGAAUUUUGGUCUAAACAUCAUCGAUGCAAGUUUCCGGGUCUUAAAGUUGGAUUUGAAACAGAAGGCGAUUGCACUGGAAAAGAAGGUUUACACAAACACCUCCAAGAGGGUCUUGUUCCGUUUGUAGUUGAUGCAGUGUACGCUAUGGCUAACUCUUUACAUAACCUUGUACUGGAUGUUUGCUGUAACAGUACACAGCUUUACUCAACGCGAGAAGAGGAAACAGAGGCGUGUGUUUCAGCUGGAAGAUUUAAGAUAUGUGAAGCAAUUCAGCCAGUGCCCGAGGGGAAGCAAUUACUCAACUAUAUUAGGAAGGUUUCUUUCACAAGUAUUCAAGGCCCUGAUAUUGGGGAUGUAAAGUUUAAUGAAGAUGGAGAUGCCAUGGGAAGAUACAGUGUUUACCAGUAUCAGAGACAGCCAAAAGAAAAUUCUAAAGGAAGAUGGGAGUAUGUUUGGAUUGGGGAGUUUGGGGAGAGAGAAUCUUACAGAUGGAACAAUGUGAAUGAGACAGGAGUAUAUCCGGAGAUAGAGGGAUACACUGCACAAGAACUUUACUUUGAGGUUGAGAGAGCUCGGUGGAAUAUUAUGGAGAAUAUUUCUACUGGUUCUAUUCCUGCUUCUAUCUGUAGCCUACCCUGCGGUAUGGGAGAAAUUAAAAACUUUGAGACGGCUUGUUGUUGGAGCUGUGUAGCGUGCAGAGAGGAUUCGAUUGUAGUGUCAGAAGACACAUGUCUAAAAUGUCCUGUCGGUUACGUGUCGAAUUACUUUAAAGACACAUGCAUAAAGAUUGAACCAGAUACAAUCAGCUGGUUGAAUCCCUGGGCAUUCUUUCCUCUAAUAUUAUCGAGUGUGGGUAUUCUACUAACAUUGGAGGUUUUCACAGCCUUUAUUCUCUACAAUAAAACAUCUGUGAUAAUGGCCAGUGGAAGGGAGCUGUGCUACGUCCUACUUUCUGGUAUACUUAUAUCAUAUCUCAUCCCUUUCGUUAUUCUAGCUCGACCAACACCUCUUAGUUGUACCGUUCUCAGGGGAGGAUUGGGCUUCUGCUUGUGUAUUUGUUACUCGGCUCUUCUUACCAAGACAAACCGAAUAUCUCGGAUCUUCAGCAGUUGUGCCAAGGGUAACCAGAAACCAAAAUGGAUCUCCCCACGCAGUCAAGUACUUAUUUGUUUAGGAUUUGUGAGUGUACAAAUGGUUGGUGUGAUAACAUGGUUGAUGUUCUAUCCGCCAGAUACUCAAGUUAUGUAUAUGUAUCCUCUAGAUGAACCACCAAGCGCCCUAGAGACCUGUGCUUGCUCAACAUUCUCAAUACUAAUGUCCCUAGUCUACAACAUGGUUUUAAUCAUUCUGUGCACAAUCUACGCGUUUAAAACAAGGAAAAUACCAGAGAACUUUAAUGAAGCAAAGUAUAUCGGAUUCACUAUGUACUCUACUUGUAUCAUCUGGCUGGCGUUUGUUCCCAUUUUUUUCGGAACAAAUAAUGAUUAUCAGGUUCAGAUAUCUAGCCUCUGCAUGUGCGUAACCGUUAGUGCAACAGUUGCACUUUGUUUACUCUUCGGGCCUAAGAUGUAUGUUGUUCUGUUGCAUCCGGAAAAAUGUGCAAGAACGUAUCCCGGUGCCAAAAAGACAGCAACGACUAAAGCGCUAAAGUUUAGCAAGAGUCGAGACAGUAGCGUAACACUGCUCAGUGAUGAAGAAGAAGCAGGAGAAUGAACUUCUGAACACAAGGACAAUACAAAUCAAGUGAACAAAUCGAAGCGAAAUUUACGCUGCACUUUAAUUUUAAGGGAAUUCAGUUUAGGUCACAAAUCUGAAACCCGAUGUCGUGAAUCUUCGAUAUUUCAAACUUUAAAUUGUGUUAGAUCAAAUAAUCUAAGUUCAAAGCAUUAAGGUUUUAAAGAUAUAAAUUAAAAUAUUAUUUGGUAAAAAGUCCACAAGCUAGAUUUUACUAUUCUUAUUAAUUCGGUAAAGCGUAUUAUAUCAAAGGGGACUAACCGGGGUCUAAAAACGUUGGGUAAAUCGAUAUUCUCUGGUUCUCGAAGAAAUGGAAUUAGAACAGAUAAUAACCCAUGAUUAGAAACCUAAAAUGACCCAUUUUCAGUGUUUUUAAAUUUUGACCUCUGGAAGUCAUUCAUAUUUGGAGAUUAAAGAAAGAUGGAACACACAAUUUUAAAAAAGGAUUCAGAGAGAAAAGGGAACGAGAAAACACACAGUUUUAAAAAUGGAUUUAGAACACCAUAAAACCUACGAUUUCAUUCCUAACAAGACCCCUUUUCUUAAUGUUAGAAAAUCAUCUAGAAUCAAAAAGGGACCUCGAAAAAUUAGAACACUAUGGUCUAAAUGCUGGAGUGUAAGAAGGGACUUUUACAUGGAAUCCACUAAAACACCAAAACCUUCUGACUUUUAACUUAUCAUAACAAAACUGGGGUCGGUUAUCUGUGUUCAGAUUGACCAAAAAUUGUCUGGUCAAGCAGAUUUAGAGUUUCGGAGAAAAAAUGGUAAUUUUCUUUUUUUUAGUUUACUGACGUCAAAAUAUGACCUUAGAUCCCAAAUUUUCUUCUUAUUUUUGUAGAUGACCACAAUAUCGGGACCUUUACCUCUUUUUGUUUGAAUUGGAAUUUGGUCAAAACGAAUUAAAGAUUCUGAAAUAAUGAAAUUUUAAACUUCUAAAUGACAAAACUAAUUGUUCUCACAACGGCACCGUAGCUGGCAAGAUACUAAGAUCUAGUAGCUGUAUAUAAGGAACUCAUAAUGAUUUGGAUUUAUGUAAUUGUGUACUAGUUAUAGCUGUAGUUAAAUUAGCAGUUAAAUUAUUGAUGUUAAUCAGAAUAUUUGAUUAUAGAUUUGUAAACUUUGUCUGGAUUAUAUAUAUAUUUAUCCCCCUUUUAAACAUCAAACACAUAAUUUUCCCCAUCAGCUGCAUGUUUGCUGUCCUGGUACACAACUCACACAACUAAACAUCCCGCUCUAAGAAAUUUUUCAUAAGACGACGACAGACAACUACUAUUUUAUUUUUUUAAUUUCAAACUUUUCAAAGCCUGUCGUACAUAUAAAUGAUAUUCAUUAUAUCAAAAAAAAUUUUAUUCUUAAAUCGCUCAAAUUACACAUAAUGCAUUUUAAUAAAUUAGCCCAAGUAGAAUGUUCACACAUACCUUUGGUAUAGUUACAAUUAUCUAAAAUGGAGUGUUCACUUAAUUUAAAUAAUCAAUAUAUUCCCACUUCUGAACUUCUGGAAUUAAUAUCACAAGAUGUCUAUUUUAGUGCUUGAAGAUGUUUUUUGAUUUUCCUUCAUGACAGAAUUUUUUCUUUUUAAGCAUAAGCUCGAUUCAAUAGCCAAAAAUAGUUCAUUUAAAAUUCAGAAAAGCAAUAUUUUGAUCCAUGAAAGAAAAUUCGGAUUUUAUUAAUAUUACACAAAGUUGUUCUAGAUGAUGCUGUAUUUUACUAGUUUAUAAAUGUAACCGUUGAAAUGAAUAACAUAAAAUUUCUGUUAAUAUGAAGAUUUGUGUUU